GAAAAGAAGGCCAAAAAAAGAAAAAAAGAAGACCGUUCCUCGUCUUCUGUGCCCCUUUCUCUUCCUUCUCUCUCUAGACUUGAAAACACGCACGCACACACACAAGCAAGAAAGCCACACAGACAACAGCAAACAGCAAAGGACAUCAUCGUCCUUGGCCAGGCCCUUUUCCCUCUCUAACAUGUAAGAACUAGAGAGAAGAGAGAGAAGACCCUGCAACUACCAAGAACUAGAGAGAGAAAGAGAGAGAAGACAGAAGAAGCGCAUCAAGAAACUACUACCCAGUAGCGAGAGAGAGGAGCAAUGGUAGCCGGCAAAGUGAAGAUGGCGAUGGGCCUCCAGAAGUCGCCGAAGCCCGAGACCCCGCCCCGGCCGAAGCCGCCGUCGCCGUCCCCGAGCUCGGGCAAGAGCACCUCCCAGAGGGCGGCGGCGGCGCUCGGGCGCUCCCUCGGGGCCUACUUCCCGCGCUCCUCCGCCCAGGUCCAGCCCCGCCCGCCCGACAUCUCUGAGCUGGUCCGCCUCGUCGAGGACCUCCGGGAGCGCGAGUCGCGGCUCAAGACCGAGCUCCUCGAGCACAAGCUCAUCCGGGAGACGGCGUCCCUCGUCCCCGUGCUGGAGGGCGUGAUCUGCUCCAAGAACGCCGAGAUUGCCAAGUCGGUGAGGAGGAUCGAGGAGCUGGAGGCGUCGAACGAGAGGCUGAGGCGGGAGCUGGAGGCGUCCUGGGGUCGGUUCGAGGAAGAGAGGAAGGCGAGCGAGGAGAGAGCGAGGGAGAUGGAGGCGGAGAUUUCCGAGUUGAAGGCGGCGGCGUCGGCUUCGGCUUCGGCUGCUGCGACGCCGGCGUCGUCUUCGGCGGCUGCGACGGCCUCUGCGACGCCGGAGUCGUCUUCGGCGUCGUCGGAUCGCAUGGCCGGCGAUGAGCUCUGCUCGUCGCAGAGGUUUCAGGCGGUCGCCGCGGCCGAGGCGACGUCGAGGCCCGCGAGCAUGGCCAAGAUUUCGAAGAAAGGAGCGAAGCCGAGCGACGCCCCGGCGAGUCAAGAGAGCCACCGGCUCGAACGGUCGGAUUCGAAGAGAGAGGAAGCCAUAGCGGCGGCGGAGAUCGAGCGGCCGAGGCACUCGCGGUGCAACUUGGAGGAGCUCGCCGAGUCUGUUCUGUCCUCCGUCGCCACCAGAUCCCGCGCCCCUAGGGUUCCGAAGCCGCCUCCGAAGCGCUCCGCCUCGUUGCCGCCGUCGCUCCACGGCUCGCCCUCGGAGCAGGCUCCACCGGCGCCGCCCCCUCCACCGCCUCCACCCCCGCAGGCGAGGACCGCCCCCGCUCCGCCUCCCCCUCCCCCUCCGCACGCGAGGAGCGCUCCCGCCCCGCCCCCGCCGCCCCCGCCGGCGGGGACGAGGCCGGUGCCGGCGAAGGUGAGGAGGGUGCCGGAGGUGGUGGAGUUCUACCACUCGCUGAUGCGGCGGGACUCGAGGAGGGACUCCAGCGGCGGAGCCGCCGCGGCAGACGCCCCGCCGGCUACGGCGAAAUCGCGGGACAUGAUCGGCGAGAUCGAGAACCGGUCGACCCACUUGCUCGCGAUCAAGACGGACGUGGAGACGCAGGGAGACUUCAUCAGGUCCUUGAUCAAGGAGGUCGAGGGAGCUGCGUUCACCAGCAUCGAGGACGUCGUGCCUUUCGUCAAAUGGCUCGACGACGAGCUCUCUUAUCUGGUGGACGAAAGGGCGGUGUUGAAGCACUUCAAUUGGCCGGAGCAGAAGGCCGACGCGCUCCGCGAGGCCGCGUUCGGGUACUGCGACCUCAAGAAGCUCGAGUCGGAGGCCUCGUCGUUCCGGGACGACCCCCGCCAGAUGUGCGGCCCGGCCCUCAAGAAAAUGCAGGCGCUGCUCGAAAAAUUGGAGCACGGCGUCUACAAUCUCUCCCGGAUGAGGGAAUCCGCAGGCAAGAGGUACAAAGGGUUCCGGAUUCCCAUGGACUGGAUGCUCGACAGUGGAAUCGUAAACCAGAUUAAACUCGCCUCGGUGAAACUAGCGAUGAAGUACAUGAAGAGGGUGUCUGCAGAGCUCGAGAUGGGCGCCGGCGGCGGCCCAGAAGAGGAAGAGCUUAUAGUCCAAGGCGUGCGGUUCGCCUUCCGAGUACAUCAGUUUGCAGGAGGAUUCGACGUCGAGACAAUGAAAGCGUUCCAAGAGUUGAGGGAUAAGGCGAACUCGUGCCAUGUACAAUGCCAGAACCAGCAUCAAAGACUUUUAUGCAACAAGUCCGCUCCUUGUUAAAAAGAUCUGUAGCAAACUCAGCUUCAGAAAUGCCGAAUUCGGUCUCUUGAUUCUGUUGUAAAAAUAGAAAUACGUUUAAUCAUCAAUACCAGCGGUGGAAGCCGCUGCCUAGAGCUCGGUUAUUGUUUUACUUGGUCUGCCGUGAGAUUUUUUGCGUAUCUACCACGAUCUGCGUAUUCCCA